AUGGCAAGCAAAGGAUCCACGACUUCUGCAUCAACAAAGAACUCCAGUACUGGAGGGACCAGUGGCAGUAGUAACAGUAAUGGUGCUGGGGAGAGUGCUAAUCAGGACAACACUUUUGAAUGUAACAUCUGUUUAGACACUGCCAAGGACGCAGUUAUCAGCUUGUGUGGACAUCUCUUCUGUUGGCCUUGUUUACACCAGGGAUUCCAGGGCUUUGGGUUUGGGGAUGGUGGCUUCCAAAUGUCAUUUGGAAUUGGAGCGUUUCCCUUUGGUAUAUUUGCAACAGCAUUCAACAUAAACGACGGGCGACCUCCUCCAGCUGUUCCAGGGACUCCUCAGUAUGUGGAUGAGCAGUUCCUAUCCCGCCUCUUCCUGUUUGUGGCUCUGGUGAUAAUGUUCUGGCUGUUGAUUGCAUAAAUCUUUUCCAUUAUCCUGUAUAUUCAUGGCAAACAAGGCCACUGAAACAGUUACAAACUGCAUCCCCAUCCCAUUUUAAACCUCUUGGUGUCUGGUUCCGUAGCUAACUAUGGGCUUCAGGAAUUGGUGGUAUCACAGCACAAUGAGGAAUCUUGCAUUUUGCACCAGAGUUGGAAAUUAAACACUGUUUAAAAAGCGUAUUUCAGCUCAGCUAUCUUGUACAACAGGUUCCUGCCACAAACCACGGGCCUAGCUUUGAGCUCCACUCCUAAAAGGAGUGCUGCUUUGAAAUCCGGUGCCAACCAGUGACAGCAGGUUUAUGUGAAAGACAGUUGCCCCACGGUAGAGUGGGCAGGUAAGGCAAUGUCUGCAGUGUGGUCAGUAUCUCAUGCUGGGCAACCACGAUGGAUCUGCCAGAGCUGCGGAUGUUAUUUAAUGUCUUCACCUCAGCAUCCAGCCUUCUUCAGGAAAUCAUCUGCAGCGCUGCCGAGACUCUUUAGGCACAGCACAUGGUGCAAAUGGAACCAGGUUUGGAGACUGGUUUCUUUUCUUGCUGUUAUUUCCCAGCCUGAUGGAAAACACCUCCUGAAGCAGUUCUAAUGGCUGUU